AUGGGCUCGCCCUCACUGGCCCUCAGUCACUCGUGCUGCGGCUUGUGCAAGCCUCCGUUCGAGCCGCUGAUGGAAGUCUCGGCCGACUGGGCUCUGGCGGACCAGACCCGAACCUUCUGCCUCCUCGUGCUGGACAUGGAGAAUGACUACCUCCCGUAUAUGACUUUUAUGAUGCCGAACGCCGAGGCGGUGCUCGCCGCCUUCCGCAAGGCGCAGCAGCCGGUCGUGUGGACCAACUGGUACCGGCAGGAGGAUGACGGCGCGUACGGAGCCAUCGACCGCUUCUGGGGCCCUCGCGGCCUGUACCCGCCGGGAGGCACCGUCAAAGGGCACGCCGAGAACCCGAUGUGGAUCGACACGAGGUACGGCAAGAACGCGACCGACACGGCGGGCUGCGCGGCGGAGGGUGGUCCGUACACGCACAAGAGCAGCGCGGCCGGAACCGAGGGCUGGCGUGUUAGGCACCUCUCCAAGAUGGCCGACAAGGACGAGCACGGAGACGACAUCCUCUACCCGAUGCUGCAGGCGUGGGGCGUCGACACUAUCGUUAUCGUCGGCGCGUGGACCGAAGACUGCGUCAUCGCGACCUGCUACGAGGCGGCAGACCGCUAUGGUCUCGACGUCGUCCUCGUCACCGACGCCAUCGCAACGGGCUCGCCGGCGGCCUGCGGCAAGACGCUGAUGGCGGAGGAGCUGGUGCAAUACUUCGCGAGCCACCGGCACAAGCUCGGCCCCGCGCAAGCCGAGCUCAACUAUGGCGCCGUUCAGCUGCGCCGCCGCGCCGCCCUGCUGAGCGCCGCGCAGGCCGAGGCGCGCGGUCGCGAGGGCAUCUCGGUGGCGGUCGCCGCGGUGAUCGCGCUGAUGGCGGCCGCGGUCGGCGCAGCGAUCGCCGUCCGCGUCUUCGUUCGUCACCCACUCUCCCACAGCUACGAGAAAAGCCCCGUGCCAUUCACCUAA